AUGGAGGGAAAAUUAAGGGCAGAUGAAACGUUAUUUGAGAGGAUCAAAACCCUAAUCUUCAUUCCAUUGGGUUUUUCCAGAACACAAUUGCAGAAUGAAAUUCGAUUUCAGAGCAUGAAAGGUCUGUUCUCCGUAGAUCGUAGUAGUGAGUUUUUUACAGUAACUAUGUGGUGUGGUGGAACAUUUCAAACAGAAGGUUUUGUGUGUUAUAAAGGAGGGUCUAAAAUGACAUUUGAUUUUGUCCAUAUGAGGUCCUUGAAUAAUUCCACAUUGAAGAAAAUGUUUGACAAAUUUGGUGUUGUUGGUAGUAAGAAGUACUUCUUAUUGAUUGGUUUGGGUUUCAAGCCACUGCUUGAUGAUGAAGACAUUAAAAUAAGGGCUUUAUGUCAUAAAUAUGGUUGUAGAGAAAUGACUUUGUAUAGUGGGAGUGAGUCUGAGAGUGGUUCUGAGAGUGGGAAUGGUAAUGGUGCUGAGAGUGAAAAUGAGAGUGAAAAAAAUGAAAAUAAGAGUGGGAAGGUUAGUGGUUCUGAGAGUGAAAAAAAUAAAAAUGAGAGUGGGAAGGGCAAUGGUUCUGAGAGUGGAAAAGGUGGUGAUUGUGAGAAUGAAAAUAUUAAACAUGAGAGUGGGAAUUUUGUUGGUGAGAAUUUAGAUGUUGAAGAAAAUGAAAAUGAACAGAGUGAACUAGAGAGGCAAGAAGAUGAGGAUGAUUUUCUUGAUACUGAUUAUGAUUUCAGAAAUAGUAGCAGUGAUGAUGAUGAUGCAUUACAUACCCUUUUUGUUCCUCCUUUACCUCCCAACUUUGGGAGGGGUGCUGGAAGGCCUUUAAAGGCAAGAAGAAGAGAUCAAGAAGAACCUAAAAAGAAAGGGAACAAGAGGAGAGGGAAACAAUCAAUGAAAAUGAAGAGGAAACAGCCAACUGUGAGGUGCAAAAAGUGUGGCAUGGCUGGCCACAAUGCAAGGUCUUGUGAGAAAAGAAAGGAGAAAGAAAUGAACACUCAAAGCCAAAACCAAAGUCAAGUAACUCAAGAAGUGGACAACUCUCCAUUGAAAAGGGCUUUUGAUACAAUUCUUGAAAGAAAAAGAGCAAGAGCUGUUGCUGACAGAGGUAAAAAGAAAAGGGCAAAGAUGGCCAAAGUUGGGACAGAACAAUCCUCACAUAAUCGUACACUUUUGCCACCAGUGAUAAGGCAUGAAGAAGAAGAUGAGGAGCUGCAGUCAUUGUGUGAACUCAUUGAUGAGUAUGAAAACCCUAGAGUUGACCAUCAGCCCGGGCCUACCCCUUACCAACAGCUGCAGAGUUCAAUGAAAUCAAGAGAUGAAAACUAA